AAACAAAAUGUAAUAUCAAAAUUGUAUGACAAAAAUAAAAGUAAUGUGAAGUGAUUUAAGCACUGCUUAUAACUCCAAACAAGAAAACAACAUUUUAGUAAUGGCGAAGCUAAUGCUGCUAACAGUGUCCGUGUUGUUGUUCCUCAUCCCUUGUCUUGCGUGUCCUGAUGAUCAGAAACAAGCCCUUCUUACAUUCAAAACCUUAAUCAUCAAAACUCUCAACUCUUCGUCUUCGUCUUCGUCGGAUUAUUUUCUUUUCGGGUUGGAUUCUUGGACUUCAGAUACAGACUGCUGCCAAUGGGAAAUGGUGGGCUGUAAAUCCAACUCAUCAGUAGCUUCUCUUUCUCUUCAUUCCAUCGUCGGAUCCACUAACCCGAUUCCACUUCCUGCUUCACUUCUAUCCCCUCUCUUUCGAAUUCCAAGUUUAAUGUUUCUUGACAUUUCUUCUAAUAACUUUGAGGGUGAAAUUCCAGCCUCCAUGUUUACCAAUCUUACCCUCUUGGUUCAUCUUGAUAUGCUGCUCAACCAUUUCACUGGUCCCAUUCCUCCACAGAUUUUUCAACUGAAGUAUCUUCAGUAUCUUGAUCUCAGUACCAACCUUUUUAAUGGUAUUCUCUCUGCCAAACUGGCUUCUCUCAAAAACUUGAGGGUGCUCAAGCUGGAUGAUAAUUCUUUAACAGGAAUUAUUCCUCAAGAAAUUGGAAAUCUGACCAAUUUACAGCAGCUGACCCUCCGUGGAAAUGAAUUCGUCGGUAGGAUUCCGCGUUCUGUUCUUCACCUGCAGGAGUUGCAAGUAUUGGAUUUCAGGGAUAAUGUUUUAUCAAUGGAGAUUCCUACUGAUAUAGGUGAUCUGACCAAUUUGACCACUCUUGCUUUGAGCAACAACAGGAUCACAGGAGGAAUUCCGUCGUCCAUUCGCAAUCUGACCAAGUUGAAAAUUCUUCGACUGCAGGAUAACUUACUCACCGGAGAAAUUCCUAUAUGGUUGUUCGAUAUCAGCACCCUGGAGGAACUUUUGGUUGGAGGGAAUAAUCUGAGUUGGGUUAACAAUGCGGAGUUAGUAGCACCGAAGAGUAACUUGACUCAGUUGUCUUUGAGAUCUUGCAGGCUUGAAGGUGAAAUUCCGGAAUGGAUUUCGACGCAAAAAGAUCUUGAUCUUUUAGAUUUGAGUGAGAAUAUGCUCCACGGAGUAUUCCCUCAAUGGCUAGCUGAAAUGGACCUCAGUGCCAUUGUUCUGUCUGAUAACAGGCUCGCGGGGCCUCUUCCUGCUCGUUUAUUUGAAUCUCUGAGUUUAACUAUGCUUGCUUUAUCGAGAAACAACUUUUCCGGAGAAUUGCCACAGAAUAUUGGAAAUGCUCAUGCGAUUGUCGUUUUUAUGUUGGCUAGUAACAACUUUUCGGGGCUGAUUCCGCAGUCCAUCUCAGAAAUUAAUCGACUUAUGCUGAUGGAUUUGUCAGGAAAUAAAUUUUCAGGAAAAGUUCCAGUUUUUAAACCCGAUGCAUAUCUAGCAUUCAUCGAUUUGUCUUCUAAUGAGUUAUCAGGUGAAAUCCCUGUCAGCUUUUCUGAAGAAACUUUGAUCCUUUCACUAGGAAACAACAAAUUCUCUGGCAAUUUACCCAAGAAUCUAACCAAUUUGAUUAAGCUUCAGCAUUUUGAUAUCCAUGACAACAAAAUUACAGGUGAAGUACCAAAAUUUCUCUCUCAAAUCUCAUCUCUUCAAGUUCUAAACUUACGAAACAACUCCCUCAGUGGUUCCAUCCCUGACGAGAUUUCUAACCUCGCAAGCCUUCGAAUUCUUGACGUGUCAAACAACAAACUUAUUGGUGGAAUUCCUGACAGGCUUGGGAACCUAAUUGGAAUGAUAGAAACACCAAAUCGGUCCGCAUCAAGCAUAGAUUUCUUCACGCUUCCAUUCGAGUUCAAUGACUUGGUGGUGAACUGGAAGAACUCAAAACAAGGUUUGUCAAGUCGCAGCCUAGAUAUCUACUCGUUUUUGGAUUUAGCGAAAAAUCAACUGUCGGGCGAAAUUCCAGCAUCAGUAGGCCAUUUAAAGGGCUUGAAGCUAUUAAAUGUUUCAUAUAACCUUUUGUCUGGUGAGAUUCCAAAAAGCUUUGGUGAUUUAGAGAGUGUAGAAUCCUUAGAUUUAUCGCACAACAAAUUAUCAGGUUCUAUUCCAGACACGCUAUCAAAAUUGCAAGAGCUCUCUACUUUGCGUUUGAGCAACAACAAUCUCAGCGGUCAGAUUCCAGUCGGCGGCCAAAUGAGCACGAUGCUGAACGAUCCCAUCGAUUAUGCAAAUAACAGUGGACUGUGUGGUUUGCAGAUUAGGAUACCGUGUCCCACCGAUCAGUCACCUGCACUUCCAGAGCCAACAGAAGAGGAUUCAUGGUUUCCUUGGGCAGGAAUAGGGAUUGGGUAUUCUGUUGGCCUCUUGGCAUCCGUAGCAAUAAUAUUUGCGACUCGGUUAAUUGAGUGGCUACCGCCCCGCAAUCCACGCCGCCGCGUACGCAGAAGGCUGAGGACUUGAGUUUGGCAAGAUACUUCAAUAUGACUAUGGUGAGUCCAAAUAUGUAAUAGAAGUACAGCAGACCAAUGUAAUUGAGUCACAAAUUUUACAAUGGAAUAAUUAGAAUGCAAUUUAAUAAUAAACUUGAGGCAAAAUAACAUGUUUGCUUCGAUUCCCAACA